GGGGCGGGGGCAGGCUGGUGUGACCGCAGCUGGAAAGCCCCAGCUGUGGGUCAGUCCCCCUGGCUGUUCCAGAGGCCCCAUCACCUGGGUCCCACUCUGAGGGCCCGGCCCCGCCGGCUUCUCCUGGUGGCCCUGCUCUGCCUGGGGCCCAGCGUCUACUCACCCCGCAGGUAUGUCCACGCAGGUAGAGGAGGAGGGCCUCUGGGGUGUUGUGGGCAGGAGGCGGGGAUUCAAGGGCUUAGGGAAAAUUCCGGUUCUGCCAGUGGCUUUCCAGGCUAAUGGCUUCAGCUUAGAGCCCAGACCAGAAUGCCAGCUCAAGUCAUAGUGAACACGCGCACACACACACAGAAGCAGACAGACAGGGACAUGAAGACACGCAGACAGAUGGAGACGCACGGACACAGCCACUCACAGACCGUCUGAGGCACACACACCAGGGGACACCAGUCACAAAAGUGGCUGCACACCCACGGGCGGAUGCGCCUACAUGAAACUGCUUCUCUGUGUUCCUUGGGCACCUGCCAUGGUUGGACGCUGGGUCAGCCCUACUCCCUGCCCUGGGGGGCUCCUGGUCAAGGGGAAGAUGCCCCCGACCCUGGAAGUGCCCCUCCGUCAUGGGAGGAGGCAUGAGCAGGUCAGGAACCAGGCGCGGAGCAGGAGGUCCUGACUGUGGUCUGGGGCUCAGGGGGUCGGGGAAGGCUUCUUGCCGGAGGAGCCACCUGAGCUGAGCCGUGAAGGAGCCACGAAGCAGCUGGAGAAGCUCCGCUGCCGCCAAGAUGCCGUUGCCACAGACAGAGACCUCUGGGCUGGAGCCGCACCGUCCCCAGGAGCCGGCGGAGCCGCAUACCCCAGCCCAGGGCGCCCGGCGGGCGAGUAGCGAGGACGCACCCGGCGCCGGGCACGAGGGCUCCAGGCCUGGCCUGGGCACCUUGCGGCGGGCCUUCUCGAGAGCAAGCCAACGGGCCUCGGUUCGAGCCCCCCGGGGGGAUGCAAGGCUGCUCAGGCUCAGCGGCCGCUUCCUGUUCGGGUCUUUGCGGCGCACUCCAGACAACAGCCCUGCCGGGGACCAGACCGGGGCGACCUCGGAGCCAGGGCCGGCCUGCGGCAGGAAGGGGUCCUCCAAGGCCAAGGAAGGUGUUGGCCGGCGGUCGUCCACGGGGGAGGGGCCUGCGGAAGCCGAAGGCACGUCGGUGGCUGACCUCAUCUCUGAGCGGCAACUCCUGGCUGCCUUCGAGCAGCUGCGGCACCUGGAGACGGGGCUAGUGGCCGAGAAAGCCUCGUGCACCUUCCAGCAGGACCCCACGGGCUUCGCGCGGCGUGCCAUGGACGUGUGCCUGCACUACGACGGGCUGGCCGCGGAGAUCGGUGCUAUCGUGCGCGAGACGCUGGGCCCGGAUGGCGUGGACGCGGCCGCGCUCGAGGAACUGGCCCGAGUGGUGCGUGCGGAAGAGGAGGCCCACCCGGAGACCCCCGCAGACGGCGACUUUCUGCGCACGCCGCGGCGCUGGCGCCAGUACUGGGAGGACGCCGUGCGGCGGAGCGCGGAGGAGCGCGUGCGGCAGGCGGGCGCGGGGGAGGCCCCGGGGGCGGCCGACGCUGCCCCCGACUUGGCGCGGCUCCUGGCCGAACUCGGCGCUUUGGUUCGCCACGACCUGCAGAAGGUGCAGCGGGAGGUGCACCCCGCAUACGCGGCCGCUGGCUUCCCGGCGUGGGAGGCCUACCUGCGUGCCUUCCACGGCGCAGUGGCCGGGCGCCUCCAGGAGCUCGCGCACGACGCCCGCGGCUGCGAGCAGCUCUACGUGCUGCUGGACUGGGCCGCCAACGUCUACAGCAGUCCUGAUUUCCUGGGCUCCCAGAACCAGGCUCUGUCCUCAGAGCCGCUGCCCCCUCUCCUGGCACCGGAGGUCUGGGCCCGACUGGAGGACGACUACACCAGCUUCCUGGAGACCAAAAUCGCAAGCUGCUUCGAUGGCAUCCUGCAGCUGGAGCAGAGUCGCUGGGCGGCUGCGGAGGCCCCCGACGUGCUGCAGGGCCUCUACCACACGUCGCUGUCCUUUGACGUCUGCAUGCUAGUGGCGGAGCACGUGAAGGCGGCCGGCGCCAUCUCCGCAGAGCUGGAGGCCACCACGUUGGGGAUCUGCGCGCGGGCGCUGGGGCUCUUCCUGCACAGGUUCGAAAAGGCUUUUCUGGAAUCGGGGGCGGUGAGCGAGCCUAACCUGUGCGCCAGCAUCAAUGCCUGCCAGGAGCUCAGGACUCACCUUCUGGCCAAGUUCCCAGAAAGCUUUGGAGAGCUGGAGAAGGCCCUAGGGGCUGCUGCCCGUGCCUUUCAGAAGCGGCUGCUCCAGGGCUUGCAGGGCGCUGUGCAGCCGCUCUUCAGGGACCUGUGCACCAAGGCCUGGCUGACCCAGGACCUGCUGCAGCCUGUCAUGGACAAGGUGGUGGCCUUCUCGGGCCUCCUGGAGCACAUGGCCCCACCCCUGGCCCAGGAGACUCUGCAGGAGGUGCACCGCUGUGUUGUCCGCGAGUACCUGGAGCAGGCCCUGAGACCCCGCGAGCGGCUCCGGGGUGCCGACCGCCGGAGCGGCUCUCAGAAAAUGGGCCUUGAGGCACAGGCAAUCGGCAGCACCUUCCAGGGCUUGGGCUCCGAGGCCACGUGGCUGGGCCAAGCUAUCCCGUGCGUGGCUGACAUACUGGGCGAGACUUACAAAGACGACAUCGGGCGGCACCUGGAGACGCUCAUCAGAAGCUACCCCGACAUCAGGCGGGACCACGUGCUGGCCAUCCUGGCGCUGCGCCGACUGGGCCGCCGUCGGAACCAGCACUUCCUGCGCCACGCCCAGGCCCUGCUGAGGGCUGCGGCCAAGGCCAGUGUCUCCGGGGCCGCCGGGGGCCGCGUGCUCUUCGAGGAGAUCGAGUUGUCCACCUCCAUAAACGUGCUGGUUACCUGCAUAUAGUGCUGCUAGCCUGAGAAGGGGCUGACCCCAGUGGACGGAGGGGCGGCCACCUUCCCCUGGGCACCGAGCCCCAAGCUGGGACACCUGGAAGGCGCCUCAGCUCAACCCCAGGCCUGAAGCCCCCAGUGGUGGACCGUCCAUCCUCCUCCUUCUGAUGGCCAGGAGGAGGUCAUGCCAGGCAUGCCAGCAAGCCUGAGAGGCAUUCCAGGCAUUUGGAGGGGGGUUUGGCACAGAAGUUCCCUUUGGUACUGCCCACCCGGGAAGGCCUCCCUGCCUAACUGUCCCGCCCAUCCCAUUGUGAAAAUGAAGAACAGAGUAUUUAUUUUUUAAAUAAACAUGAAUUAAAAUGG